CGCGAUGGCUGAGGCCGGGCCGCAGGCGCCGCCGCCCCCGGGCACCCCGAGCCGCCACGAGAAGAGCCUGGGGCUUCUCACCACAAAGUUCGUGUCGCUGCUGCAAGAGGCCAAGGACGGCGUGCUUGACCUCAAGCUGGCAGCCGACACCCUAGCCGUGCGCCAGAAGCGGCGGAUUUAUGACAUCACCAACGUGUUGGAAGGUAUUGGGCUGAUAGAGAAGAAAUCCAAGAAUAGCAUCCAGUGGAAGGGCGUAGGGCCUGGCUGCAACACCCGGGAGAUCGCGGACAAACUGAUCGAGCUCAAGGCUGAGAUCGAGGAGCUGCAGCAGCGGGAGCAGGAGCUGGACCAGCACAAGGUGUGGGUGCAGCAGAGUGUCCGCAACGUCACGGAGGACAUGCAGAACACCUGCUUGGCAUAUGUGACUCACGAAGACAUCUGCAGGUGCUUUGCUGGAGACACCCUCCUGGCCAUCCGGGCCCCAUCAGGUACCAGCCUGGAGGUACCCAUUCCAGAGGGCCUCAAUGGGCAGAAGAAGUACCAAAUCCACUUGAAGAGUGUCAGUGGCCCUAUCGAGGUGCUGCUGGUGAAUAAAGAGGCGUGGAGUUCACCUCCCGUGGCUGUGCCUGUGCCACCGCCUGAGGAUCUGCUCCAGAGUGCCCCUGCUCUGUCUACCCCUCCACCUCUGCCCAAGCCUGCCCCGGCCCAGCCCCAGGAAGUAUCACGUCCAAGCAGUCCCCAGUUACCUGUCCCCACCCCUGGCUCUGCCGGCACCGAAGUUCAGGUUGUGGUUGACCCAACAGCUGAGCUCACAGUGAGUGGUGGCCCUGGAGCCGAGAACAAGGACCCUGGGGAGCUCAGCUCCCUCCCGCUGGGCCCGACAGCGCUGGACACUCGGCCCCUGCAGUCUUCGGCUCUGCUAGACUGCAGCAGUAGCAGCAGCAGCAGUAGCAGCAGCUCCAGCUCAUCCGGCCUCAACCCUUCUACCUCCUUCGAGCCAAUCAAGGCCGACCCCACAGGCGUCCUGGAACUUCCGAAGGAGCUGUCGGAGAUCUUUGAUCCCACACGAGAAUGCAUGAGCUCAGAGCUGCUGGAGGAGCUUAUGUCCUCAGAAGUGUUUGCCCCCCUCCUCCGUCUUUCUCCGCCCCCUGGAGACCACGAUUACAUCUACAACCUGGACGAGAGCGAAGGUGUUUGUGACCUCUUUGAUGUGCCUGUGCUCAACCUCUGACUGACAAGGGAUGUGCUGAGUGUGGCUGGGUCCCGGGCUGGCUGACCUGGGGCCUCUGCCCACCCCACCCCCACCCCACCCCACCCCACAUAGCUCCUGGCUCCCCCAGGCCCCAUCCCCUGCAGAUUUGGCCACAGCUCCCACUACUGCACUGGCACCUGUACUGUGCUACACAGCAGGAGAAAGGGAUUCCGCUCCCUACGCCAUGGCGCCAAGAUGAUCACUUCUCCUUUUCCAGAACCU